AUGCGUGUGCACGGGUGUGCCCUGGGAUUUCUGGGGGUUCCAGUGGUGGGGCUGGGGGUGCAGGUGUGGGCCCCGGGCGCUGCCGGUCCCUGCCCCCGGCCCUGCCGCUGCCCCCGGGCCGGGAUCCUGCUCUGCCGGGAGCCCGACACCGUGGGCAGCCUGGCCCCGCUGCUGGGAACCGGCAGCUUCACCGACGUCAUCAUUGAGAACCAGCAGGUGCUGACGACCUUGACCCGAGCUGACACCAGGAUGCUGCGGGACCUCAGGAACCUCACCAUCUCCAGGUCGGGGCUGCAGCACAUCUCCGCCGACGCCUUCCUGGACACCCCCAGGCUGAGCCAUCUGAAUCUCUCCUCCAAUGCGCUGCAAAGCCUUUCCUGGAAAACCUUCCAGCAUCUGCCCCUGCAAGAGCUCGUCUUGGUGGGAAAUCCCUUCAACUGCUCCUGUAGCCUCCGCUGGCUGCAGCUGUGGCAGAACAGCAGCCGGGCCGAGCUGGGGAACCAAUCUCUGCUCUGCUGGGAGGGCAGCGUGCUGGUGCCCCUGGGCAGCCAGGUUCUCCACGCCUGCGACCCCCCGACCGUCCACAUCGAGCCCCCCGAGGUGGUGCUGCGCCAAGGGGACAGCGUCAACCUCACCUGCCACAUCAGUGCCGACCCACCCGCCACCGCAGA